GAGCCAAUGGCCGACGUGGUUGCUGCAAAGUCCAUUGCGAAGAGAAAGCUUGAGGGGCUGGGCCUGCGGCGGGCUUUAGGGAGUGGUCCCUGGCUGUGGAGAGAUCUGCUGAUGAGUCCAGCCCCCGGCCGGGUCUCCUCGAGCUGCAAGUAUGCUCCUGGGGUUUCGGAGAGGCCGCAGGAGCCAGUUCAAACACAUCAUCCAUGGCCUUUUACCUGCAGCCAGCAUUGCUCCGAAGGCAGCAGUGCCACGUACACCUCCUCCCCGCAGCCCCAACCCGUCUCCAGAGAGACCAAGAUCUGCUCUGGCAGCAGCCAUUCUGGCGACAACAUUGACUGGGCGGACGGUUGCCAUUCCUCAGCCUCGCCGGAGAUCCCGGUCUGAGAGUGACGUGAGCAGUGUUGAACAAGACAGCUUCAUCGAGCCCUAUGCCACUACCUCAGAGCUGAGGCUUCGACCAAAUUGGCAGAGUGAGAUGGGAAGGAGAUCUUCUUUGCCAUCCUUUGAAACACUGGGCUGUGAGGAAGAAGAGGACAUUGAAACUCAGCUGUCAUCCAGCUGCAAGGAACUGGGGGAUGUCAGUGCCCAGGAGGACAAAGGAGGCCAUGGUGAUGACCUGUACGCUGUGCCACACAGAAAUCAGGUGCCAUUGUUACAUGAGGUGGACAGUGAAGAUGAUGAAAAUGUUUCUGAUCAAGAUGAGUUUCCAGGCUCUCCUCCUACACCACAGCGGAUACAACAAAAAGGAGGAAAUGAGAAUGUUUAGGAUGCGAGUCCAAGAAGUGGUGAAAGAAAAUGAAGAAUUGCACCAAGAGUUAAAUAAGAGUAGUGCUGUUACCAGUGAGGAAUGGCGUCAGCUUCAGACUCAAGCAAAACUGGUUUUAGAGGAAAACAAGUUGUUGCUGGAGCAGCUGGAGAUUCAGCAAAGGAAAGCCAAGGACAGCCACCAGGAGCACCUCCAAGAAGUUUCUAAGCUGACUAAACAACUAAUGCUCCUGGAGACGAAAACCCAGGGCCAGGAAAAGGAGCUGGUGGAGAACAGGGAACAGCUGGAGAUUUUACGUGCCAAAUGCCGAGAACUCAAAACACACUCGGAUGGCAAAAUCGCAGUGGAAGUUCAUAAAUCAAUUGUAAAUGAAUUAAAAAGCCAGUUACAGAAGGAAGAAGAGAAAGAAAGGGCUGAGAUGGAGGAGUUGAUGGAGAAGCUGACAGUCCUGCAAGCGCAGAAGAAGAGCCUGCUGUUAGAGAAGAACAGCUUGACAGAGCAGAACAAAGCACUGGAAGCCGAACUUGAACGAGCACAGAAAAUCAAUAGGAAAUCUCAAAAGAAGAUUGAGGUCCUCAAAAAGCAGGUGGAAAAAGCCAUGGGGAAUGAAAUGUCUGCUCACCAGUACCUGGCAAACCUUGUUGGCCUGGCAGAAAAUAUAACCCAGGAACGUGACAGUCUUAUGUGUUUGGCAAAAUGUUUAGAAAGUGAGAAGGAUGGAGUGCUCAACAAAGUCAUCAAAAGCCACAUUCGCCUGGGAAAGCUGGAGGAAAAAGUCAAGGGCUACAAGAAGCAGGCAGCACUGAAGCUGGGGGACAUCAGUCACCGUCUGCUGGAGCAGCAGGAGGACUUCGCUGGCAAGACAGCCCAGUACCGGCAGGAGAUGCGGCACCUGCACCAGGUGCUGAAGGACAAGCAGGAGGUGCUGGACCAGGCGCUGCAGCAGAACAGAGAAAUGGAAGGUGAACUUGAAGUUAUUUGGGAAUCUACCUUCAGGGAAAACCGAAGAAUCCGAGAACUUCUCCAGGACACACUCGCGAGGACAGGCGUGCGGGACACCCCUAGAGCUCUGGUGGCCCCCAACCUCAAUGGCGUCUCUCAGGCAGACCUGCUGGAUGGCUGUGAUGUCCGCUCCUGUGACCUGAAGACUCCUGCCCCCACCCGCCAGAGUCUGCGGGAGCCCGUGGUGUAGGCUCCUCUGGCCUGAAGGUCUGCCUCACACAGGCCUUCCCUGGAGGGCAGCCCACGGUGGCAGCCAGAGGUGCGUAAGCCCACUGAGCGCUGCGGGGCAGGGAAGAAAUAAAUGGUCUCAUAGUUUAAUCCACGGA